CACUGAACUGAAUGGACUGUGGUGACGCACAAGCUUUCACGAAGCAGACUAGACAGACUCUGUGUCCUGUCACUGUUAGCUGUGCACAUCACCUUUACCUGAGCCGCUUUCCAUUUUGGCUUUAAAAAGAUUCUUGGAUUCGUUUGUGGAAGUGUACGAGGGCGGGAAGUGCAGAAGACAACGUAAAGUAUGUGAAGUUGCUGUCACUUUGAGAAGAGAUGGAGAAUUCAGCGGAAGACGAGUGCGCUGAUUCCGGAGCGGAGACCGGAGGUGGUGGAAAAGAUAAGAAAGGAUGCAUCCGGGUAUGUUUUUAGGUCUGACUACAGUCUUAUGUCAUCAGCAAGCAGUGAUAUGUCCAUGGGAGACGUACAAGACCCAUUCCUCGUUUCUAUCCACAUCAUCACUGACCCAGGUCAGGCCAAAACUCUCCAGAAAGCUGCUGAUCAGGUCCUCUCUUGGCUCCACCCUGAUCUAACCCUCUUUAGGGUGUCAGAGCGUGCAUCCGGUCUGUCUCGAAAGCCCAAAGUCCACCUGCAGCGCUCCACAGAGCCACCGCAGCAGCCGGCCUUAGCCGUCAUCCUCUUUCUGCAAGAGGAGUAUGGAGGUGAGGAGAGUCUUGAACGUCUCCACGGUCAGUUAAGAUGCCCACCGUGGAGAUACCACCACACAGAGAGGGUUAAUGGACGGGGGCUGUUACCCCUUUCACCGGCCAGCCAAGACUUUGUUACACUGGCACCAGGCACGCCACUAUGGGCGCUUCGCCAAGUGCAUUACGGCAAAGAGAUUGUGCGUUUUACCAUCUACUGUCGUUACGAGACCUAUACAGAACAGGUGCGUCUGUACAGACUGUUCCUACGUCGCAGGCUGGCGCAGAAGAAAGACGAUUUCUGCUUCUGUGUGGUCUACUCCAACCCUGAUACAGAAAUCCAGCUGUCAUUCAAGCGGUUGCCCCGUGGCCAGAGCCCCACCCCAACAGAAAAUGCAGUGAUGGAGAUACGAGUAAGGGACAUUGGGGAACUCGUGCCGCUGUUGCCACGCCCCUGCACACCCAUCAGUGAUGUCCGAUGGCAAACGAACGAUUAUGACGGGAACAAAAUAUUGUUACAGGUCCAGGGUUCAUAUUUUCAUCGAAAACACACCAUUGCGAAGUUCUGUCAUAUUUCUCCUGAUGAUCCUCUGAUGGCCCCACCUCCACCAGAGCCGGCCCCUCCACCCCCGCCAUACGGCCGUGGCCCUGCCUCUUACCGGAACCGACGUUACCACCGCAACUCCUCACGUUCGCGGGCCCAGACCCUUUCACCCUUGGUUGCACAUGCCUCCAAUACAUCCCUGUGCGAUCAAGAGGUUCGCAUGGAGCGGCUCCAGAAAGACGUGGAGCUCUUACGUGCUGGAUGGGCGGGUCACCGCACCCAGUCCCUCUUUUCCCUGCCUACAGAUGACUGCCGCUCCAUGUGUGCGUCCCCCGCAAGCUUCCGUCCCCGCUGCUUUUCCUCCAUGUCUUCUCCGAUCUUCCGCGUCAAUGUCGAUACGCUAGUGGGAGCCGAAGAGACAGAUGUGGACACAGGACAAACUGUCAGCGGCAGCUCUGUUGACCUGUCUGUGGUCUCAGGUUAUUCCCACCCUCAGUCGAGGUUUCAUACGAAUGCCUCACCUCCUCGGCCCAAGUCUGCUCCUCCAUCAGAUAGAGGUUGUGACCUUGCUGAACUGGCCAGUAAUAAUAACUCCUUCCAAAGACAGACUCCUGUACUAUCUAGAGCACAGAGUAUCUCUGCAAAGUCCACAUCCUGCAUAGUACACAAGCCACAGCUGAAAAAUGUGUGCGGGCUACAUGCAGAUGCACAGCAGGAUAGGGGACAACAGAACAGCAAUAGCAUUGCAACAGUUAAUGACUGUAUUCAGGAAGGUACAGUGGAAGAUGAACAAGAGUUUUAUAUCUGAUAGACUGUAGGAUUUAAUCAAUAUUUAUGCACAGCAGACUUUGAGCUGAAUGCAUUUCAGUAGGUGUCACAAGAAAUUUUGAUGCCGCCUUAGGUAUCAUUUUUAGCAGCAAAAUUUUCAUUUAUUACAAAACCCUUAAGCUUUGUUGUUCUAUAGUAAAUGUGUUUCUGUUAGGUUGUAUUAAAAAAUUCAUACUUAAUGAUUCUGAGAUUUAAAUUAAUUUUAUAUUCAUAUUAUUUGUUGUGUUACAUUGUGAUGUUCUGCUACAUAGUUGUUUAUAGUAAUUCUAGUUGAAGGAACAAAAGCAUUCACUGAUUUGACGUCAGAGGAUUUGUUAUUAAAGAGUAAAACUCUGCCACCUAGUGACUGAAUUUGGUACAACC